AAUUCAAGCCGUUUCUGGUGCGGCAGACAAAAGCAAACGGAAGCAGAGCGAUCGAGAAACACACAAGCUGUCAAACACAUUUUCACUUCACUUUUUUUUACAUUUCAGCUAAACAACAGUUUUUGAAUACUCUUAAAAUAAUGCAACAUACAGACGACAUUAUUAAUACACGUACAAACGUUUGCAGACAAGCUAGCUUUAAAUCGAUACGCGAUCGAUUGCUUGAGUCUGGAUCAGCAGCGCGAGGAAGACAACACAAGUUAGCUAGUAGCCGCGAUUCAGAGGACUCAGCGCCGUUCUGCCGGUCAUGGGUUUGACCAAGCAGUAUCUGCGCUACGCCGCCAGCGCCGUGUUCGGCGUCAUCGGCAGCCAGAAAGCCAACAUCUGCUACGUGACCCUUCGAGGAGGCGAGCGAGGACGCUACGUCGCCGUGGCUGCGUGCGAACACGUCUUCAUCUGGGAUGUUCGGAAAGGAGAGAAGGUCCUGAUCCUGCAGGGACAGAAACACGAGGUGACCUUCCUCUGUCCUUCGCCCGACGGCGUCCACGUUGCCGUCGGUUACGAGGACGGCGCCGUGAGGAUCUUCAGCCUGCUGAACGGUGAGACCAGCGUCUCCUUCAACGGCCACAAGUCGGCCGUCAGCGUCAUCCGGUACGACGCUCUCGGGGCUCGACUCGUCACCGGCUCCAAGGACACGGAUGUGAUCGUGUGGGACGUCAUCAACGAGUCUGGACUUUACAGGCUGAAAGGACAUAAAGACGUCAUCACACAGACUUUAUUCCUGAAGGACAAGAACCUGCUGGUCACAUGCUCCAAGGACAGUUUUGUGAAGUGGUGGGAUCUGGACACUCAGCACUGCUUUAAGACCAUCGUUGGACAUCGCAGCGAGGUUUGGGGUUUGGUGCUGCUCAACCGGGAGAACCGGCUGCUGACCGGAUCAGCAGACAGCGAGCUCCGAGCCUGGGACAUCAGCUACCUGGAGGAGGUGAAAGCAGAGGGCGAACCCAAAGAGAAGAAAGGAAAAACUCUGCUGGAUGAUGACGAAGACCAACAGGAAGACGAGGAUGAAAGUCUGGACGAGCGCAUCCUGAGCUGUAAGAAGGCCGGCUCGAUCCUGAGAGAAGCCAGAGAUCGGGUUGUUUCGCUCACGACGGACUCCAAGGCCAGAAUCAUCGCCUGCCACGGCAACGACUCAAUCCUGGAGCUCUUCACCGUUCUGUCAGAGGACGAAGUGCAGAAGAAAAUGAGCAAGAAGCUGAAGAAAGCCAAGAAGAAGGCGGCAAAACUUCAGGAGGAAGCAGGCGAGGAGGCAGCAGAGCCGGCGGUGGAGAAGAUGCUGAAGGACGAGAUCGUCAGACUGAUAAACGUCAAGGCUUCUGCCAAGAUCAGGUGCGUCGACUGUCUGUCCUGCGCCGGCGGCGAGCUGAAGGUGGCGCUGCUGCUGCAGAACAACACGGUGGAGACCUACAGCCUCAGGACGGCCGACAAAACCCCGACCGCCAACAAGACAUCCCGGCUGACGCUGGGCGGCCACCGCACCGACGUCCGCACGCUGGCCUUCAGCUCGGACAACCUGGCCGUCCUGUCGGCCUCCGGGGACACCGUCAAAGUCUGGAACAGGUCGACCCUGCAGGUGAUUCGAACCAUGGCCUGUGAGUACGCCCUGUGCUCGCUGUUCGUGCCCGGAGACAGACAGAUCAUCCUGGGAACAAAGAGCGGGAAGCUUCAGAUGUUCGAGCUGGCCUCAGGAAGCCUCUUAGAGACUGUGGAUGCUCAUAACGGAGCGCUGUGGUCGCUGUGCCUCGCCCCGGACCAGAGGGGCAUCGUGUCGGGAAGCGCAGAUAAAACCGUCAAGUUCUGGGAGUUUGAGCUGAUAAAGGACCAAGAGACGGGACAGAAGAGGCUGACGCUGAAGCACACUCGCACCCUGCAGCUGGAGGAAGACGUCCUCUGUGUGAGGUUUUCUCCCGACCACCGGCUGCUGGCCGUUUCCCUGCUAGACUGCACCGUCAAGGUGUUCUACACGGACACGCUGAAGUUCUUCUUGUCUUUAUACGGACACAAGCUGCCGGUGCUGUGUCUGGACAUCUCACAUGACAACACACUUAUAGCGACGGGCUCCGCCGACAGAAACGUGAAGAUCUGGGGUUUGGACUUUGGCGACUGUCACCGCUCCAUGUUUGCUCAUGACGACAGCGUCAUGUUCCUCCAGUUUGUCCCCAAGACUCAUCUGUUCUUCACAGCGGGGAAAGAUAAGAAGAUCAAGCAGUGGGACGCCGACAAGUUUGAGCACAUCCAGACACUAGAGGGCCACCACCGGGAGGUCUGGUGUCUCGCCAUCAGCCCCAACGGCGACCACCUGGUGUCGUCGUCUCACGACAAAUCUCUGCGACUGUGGGAGAGGACCAGAGAGCCCAUCAUCCUGGAGGAGGAGCGGGAGAUGGAACGAGAAGCAGAGUUUGAGGAGAGCAUGGCCAAAGGAGACAUGCCCGUGGUUCCUGGAGAGACUCAGGGAGAAGCAGCACCGGCCGGGAAGAAAACCAUCGAGACGGUCAAAGCU